GCACAGACCAACAAACUCUCUGUGCCCGCCCGUGCAGUUUGUGCCCGGCUUCAUCGCUGCGUGGAAGUGUGGUUGUAAUUUCAUUCAUGUGAAGCGGCGGCAUUCGUGUGAGCCCUCAAAGGAGUCGUUCGAAACAAGGCAAGACGAAGCUGCGACUGCUCGUACUUUUCGAUCGUGUUUUUUCGUGGUUCGGUUUCAAGGCGAAUGCGUACUGGCGGGUGUGGUGGUGUACGGGCACGACUACUACACCGGCGUAGCACAACCGGGGCGAGUACCGAGCCAGAUCAUUCCCUGCGUGUUGUGUUCCUGUGCGGGUUGCGACGCUCUCGUGUCGUGGUGUCCUCAACCCGAAGCGUCCACCCGAACCCUUUCUUCAAGUACCACAACCGACGACUACGACCGCUAACCAUGACUUCUUGUAGCGGCUAGCGGUAGCGACGCCUUGAAAUAACCGAAAACUCCGCCAGCGUCUACCCGCAAACCGUAGAAUGUCAUCUGGUACUCCUUCAAUUGAGAGGAGCGUGAAAGAAUCUGCCGACAGCCCUACAGCCGGAACCGCCACGAUGCCGACACCAGUCACCGGUGCCGCCGCCUCGACGGGUGCCGCGGCUGCACUGUCCAACAACGUGGCGGCCGCGUCCAAGGAUGGCGCCGAGGAGCCCAAGCAGCCCGCCAAGAUGUGCGCCAACGACUUCAUCUUUGGCAAGCUCAUUGGCGAAGGCUCGUUCUCCAUGGUGUAUCUGGCCAAAGAAGUCCGUACCAAUAAGGAAUAUGCAAUCAAGGUGUGCUACAAGCAGCACAUCAUCCGCGAGAAGAAGCAGCGAGCCAUCAUGCGCGAGAAGCAGAUCCUGCGGAUACUCAGCGCUCGGCCGCACCCCUUCUUCAUCCGGCUUCACUCCACGUUCCACGAUGCAAACAAACUCUAUUUUGUGGUUACCUAUGCAAAAAACGGGGAGCUCCUACCGCACAUUGUCAAGUAUGGGUCGUUUGAUGUCGACGUGACGCGAUUCUACACGGCCGAGAUCAUCUCGGCAUUGGAGCACCUCCAUUCUUUAGGCAUUGUGCACAGGGAUCUUAAGCCUGAGAACAUUCUUUUGGAUGAGCGAAUGCACAUUCAGAUCACUGACUUUGGAUCUGCGAAGAUUAUUUCUAGGGAAUUCUGUGAUGAGGUGGACAUUGGGGAGAUCGAGCUCAACGGUCACAACUCCUUUGUGGGCACGGCGCAGUACGUGUCUCCGGAGAUGCUCUCGGACAAGAGCUGUUCACCCAGCAUCGACCUAUGGGCUCUGGGUUGCAUCGUCUACCAGAUGAUCUCCGGCCUGCCUCCAUUUCGAGCAUCGAACGAGUAUUUAACGUUCCAGAAGAUUCUGAAGCUGCAGUACGAGUUUCCCGAUGGCUUCAACCCCGUGGUUAGGGACCUUGUGGAGAACCUCUUGGUGCUGGACCCCAACCAGCGGCUGGGCGCGGCAACCAGGGGCGGUUACCCGGUGCUCAAGCAGCACGAGUUCUUCACCGAGGUCCGGUGGGAGAAGCUUCCCGAGAUGGACCCGCCCAAGAUGCUCCCAUUCCUGCCCGGCACAUCGAGCAACGAAGAGCUGCGCUCCCACUACUGCGUCCCGGACGACUUGGAGCCCGGCCUCGACGACAAGCAGAUGACCCGCCUGUUGGGACUCGCAUUCGACGACGACGCGCCCGUGUCUCCGCCGGCUCCCCAACAGCCGCAGGCGCAACUGCAGCCACAGCAACAACAGCAACAACGACCGCAGCAGCGCAUUUCCCGGACGCAGCUGCACAUCUUGGACUUCGGGCCCGAGGAGCACAACCGGCGGCUCCAGAAGCAGGCCGAGUCCAAUCCGUACCACAAGUUCGUCGAGGGAAACCUCAUCCUCAAGCAAGGCCUCGUUGACAAGCGCAAGGGCCUGUUUGCGCGCCGGCGGAUGCUGCUGCUGACGACGGGGCCCCACCUGUACUACGUGGACACCCAGGCGAUGGUGCGGAAGGGCGAGAUCCCCUGGUCCCCCGAGCUGAGGCCCGAGCCCAAGAACUUCAAGACUUUCUUCGUACACACGGUGAGCCCCAACCGAACCUACUACCUAGAGGACCCCGAAGGCUACGCCCUGGCUUGGUGCAAAGCCAUUGAGGAAGUGCGCAAAGCCAGCUACAACCAAGCUGAUGACGCAUCUUAGUGAUGGCUUUAGCCGGCCAUUUCUUACUGGCUGUCCGUUGGCUCGUGCCUGUUUUCCUCGUCUAGAGUGGUGAUCGUGGAGAGACGUCACCGCUCCAACCCCGCUGUCUUGCAAGCUCUCUUCUUCUUCUUCUUCAACGAGUGUGUUGUGCCGAGGUGCGGACUGGAGUGUACAGUGCCUGCCAACAACUGCGAUCGUGGACGCGCGAACCACUUCUCUAGGACUCUUAAAAUAAGUCUUUCGGAACGCUUUUUGUCCGUAGGAGCAAGAAUCGUGACGGCUUUCUUUGUAAUAUUUAUUCCUGCUUUCGCUUCGCGAAAACGUUUUGAAGUUGAGCUGAACAACGAUGUUGCUUUGUCCAAACUUUGCUCCCCGUAAAAUGUCCUUCGUGCUAGCGGUUCCAUUGAGGUUCUUAACGAGACCAGCGGACAACUUGGAAAACUCUGUAAGCCUUGGAAAUGUUUUCCCGUAGAAGUCAUACUUAAACGGUUUUUCGUUUGAUACAUCGACUCGUGAGAAUGUUUUGGAGGUUAGCCGAACAGUAGCGGUGGCUUCGGUUAUACCUUGUUCCCCGUAGAUGUUCCCGUGGAAACCAUUUUGAAGCACUAAAGGUGUCUUAGAGGCUCGUAAAGAAAUCUCUGCAGGUGGCCACGAGAGGCUUAAGUUUAGGCUUAAGUUCUCCCUGCGUUUGUCGCCACCAUCACUACCUUAACUGCGAUUACCUUGACGUCAUUACUUCGUUUAUCGAAAUGUACAAGCAAAAGUUCUAUUCUUGUGAACACUUUCAUGACAUCAUAGAAAAGGACAUUCAGUGACUUUCUUCAGCCGCUUUCACUAUAAGAACAACUUGUCAAAAAUGCGGUGAACGUUUUUUAGAACCAGCAGAAGACAUCAGCUGUUAGCUUAUAAGUUAUUUUCCGAACCUCUUGCGACCUUCUGCUAUGGUUGUAGUUCUGCAAUGCGUCGCAUUGUUUGGUUCCUUGAACAUGUCUGGUGUUUGCAGUUGCCUGCCCUGAUGCCUCUUAGGAAUAGUAGUGUCUGACUAUUUUUUUUGCCAUUACGCAUGCAUUUCGAGUCUCUUUAGCAGUUCGUGCUACUUUACCCCCCAUCUGUAUCUUCAGAACUUCGACAGCAUUUAAUGCUUGGCAGAACAUUGCUCGCAAAAUGGCUAACGAUCCUUGUGACCAAUUUAAUGAUUACAGUCUCUUAUGUUAUAUGAAUGCUUGCUUAUGCAUGAUAGAAGCUUGCAAGCAAAAUGGCAAGUGGUGCUUGCGUGCCACCUCAUUAGGAAGUGAAACGUGAGCACUACUCAUGUGCAAGUUGCAUCUUGCAAUAUCAUGGUCCAGGUAGAAUUAUUGAGGGGUCAAGCUAGCAUUUUAGAAGAGCUAAUGGCCCCAAAUCUUGGAUGUCAAAAAAAUUUGAUGUUUCGUAAAUGUUCCUCGUCUUCGGUAUCGUCGUAACCGGUAACACCGGCGUGACCUGGGGCUGGCUAAGUUAAAUGGUCUGUGGGUAAGGGCACCCAAAUCGCCCUUUGGUAAAUGACCUUUGAGGUAAAUUUGAGGUAAGUGGCCUUUAGGUCAACGUGGCUGUGCAAGAACUAUAUGAGAGCAUAACUUUGUUACGAUUACUUCUCGAACACCUCGUAUUGAGUCAUUGUGUAACUGGAAGUUGCUACUUCGAUUGAACUCAUUCGCUGUAAAUGACAUUUAUCCUGUCUAGCAUGAAAAUGUACGCAUAACGGCUCCUCCCAUGAGACGUGUACAUCGAAUCAUACCAUGCCCAAGGCCGUUAUUCUUGAAAAUUAAUUCUCCAAGUCACUUCCUUAGUUCAAGAAAUAGUGUGUCCACAUCAAGUCAACGCAAUACGUUGUCAUGUCACAAGUUGCGUGCUGACGUCUCUGUAUGGUGCGCAGAUUUACUGUACUUUCCCAUUCCGUACGUGUUAAUAGAAAAGCCAUGCUGUCCCUUCGCACGACUUUUUAAUCUAAAGCAACUGUUAAUGCACGUUCGUGUCUUCACCUUCUUGAAAACAGUUGCGUGCUUUUCGAUGUUGCAUUCGCUGAUGCAUUAGCAUUUGCUGAUGGACUAGCAUUCUGUGAUGCGCUGGCAUUUGGUGAUGUACUCAGUGGUGCCAUUUAGUGGUGCAGUAACGUUCGCGAAUGCAUUAUCAUUUGUUAGUGCGUUAGCAUUCACUUGGCAUUCACUGAUGCAGUGGCAUUUGCUGAUGUUCUAGUGUUCAACAAUGCCAUUUGGUAGUGCAUCAGCAUUCGGUGAAGCAUCAGGAUUUGCUGAUACAUUAGCAUCUAGGGCACUAGAAUGAAGCAAUGCACUGGCACUUGGUAAUUAAUCAGGAUUAAGUGUUGCGCUAGUGUUUGGAGAUGUCAUUCAGUGAUGCAUUAGCAGUUCUUGAUGCAAUGGCAUUCGCUGAUGCAUUAUCAUUUACUGAUGCAUUGCCAGUUGUUGAUGCAUUAGCAUUCACUACUGCAUCAGUGAUUGAUGGUGUUGUGUUCCAGAGGUCAGCUAUGUGCUGUCCCUUUCCACAAGCUUUGAAGUCGCCUCUCUGGCAUGAUCGCCCUCACCUUCACAUCGAAGCAUUGCUUACGUCUUUGGCGAGAUAGCAUUACCUAGCGCACAAUGUUGGCAACUUCUAUGCAGUAAAGUUUCGAGAGGAUGCAAGCACAGUAAUUUCGAUGCUGGUCGCAGUAUUGCCAUUUCUGUUUGGCAAACACUUCACUGAUGCAGAACUUGGAAGUAUUUCAGAAUGUGCCAAGUAUUCCUGCAAGUACGUUUAAGAAUAACUUUAAAGUCUAAACUAUAAAUAAGAUAUUUCUUAUAAAUUCCGACUUGAUAAACACAUCAGAAAGACAUAGAUGUACACUGUGCAAAUUUCAGUAUGCCUUGCAAAAAAGUGCCAACAGCAUUAAGAAUAGCAAUCAUCUUGAAGAGAUGAUGCACAUUAAGUUUCACAUCUCAAGAAGGACAAGGCAUUCCAAGAUUUCCACAUUUCAGAUACUGCAAAAACAGCAUUCCAAAAAGCAUACAACUUUAAGAUCUACGAAGGGUCUGGUGCGGAAAGCUACUUCAUUUGAGAUCUUUGCCAGAGAUCUUUCUCACCACUUCGUUGAUCGCAUAUUGUCGACCUCUUCAGUUUAGCUAGCAGAGAUAAUCUGCAGCGACUAUCGCUGGUUGUCACGUCUCAAGCAGUGGGAUGUUGCGGAAAGAGCAAGUUCGUAGAAGUUCAUUCUUGAGAAGGGUCCUUUGAAGUCCGUGAAACUUUCUUAAAGAAAGUCUAGAGUAAAACUGGACUGCAUUAAAAAGUGUUGUUACUGACACUUUAGAUGCGGAGCAAUCUUCACGUCCAGGUGUGGCAUCAAGAUAAGCGCACGUACACGUCUUCUUGUGUAUCGUCCCCGCUUGCCACUUGUCAUCUUAGUAUCUUUGCAAGCACUGUUCAAGACUUUUCAGAAUAAAGAGCGCGUUGAUCAUCACUGGAGCUUCUUCGAUAUUACAGACAUUUGAAAUCGACUCAGUUGUAGCAAGAUUUUCGUUGCGGUCAGCCUUGAAGUUCUCUUUAUGCCAUCGCUUAUGUAACAUGCAAAUACUUCUUUUCACCAACUAACAAGACUAUGUAAGCGACAUCUCGUCACCACUGACGGCUUACACCGCGUUUCUUCCAAACCUGCAAACACGAGCAAAUCUUUCAGUAGCCGUCGUCACGAACGUCUUAUCUUCUCGUAUUCGACGUAUUCGCACAUUGCGUUCGAUAUGCAAAGUGCCCGGAGGGCCAUUGGCCGCUUGGCCAGUUUGCCUUGGCCUACAGUCGUGAGCGAUACGACAGGGAACACUAAAAUUGCCUUUGAAAGGUCAUAAAAGCUAGAUGCAGUCGGCAAACGCAAAAUUCUUCAUAACACUAAAUGCUCAAGCGGAAAGGUAUCUCUUGCAAUUCAGUAGGCCACGUUCGUACCGGUAAAUUAGAGAUAAUCGUUGAUUAAACACAAAUUCAGUCUUCCCUCUAGUAUAACUCACGACUGCACCGUAUUAAGAGACCCCUCUAACAACACCACUAGCUAAUUAUUCUCUUCCGUUGUCUGUCGCACAUUGUUCUGUCGGAUCUUGUCACGCGUCUUGCGCAUUUCGAGCGUGUCGUCGACGCCUCCACGUCCACUCUAGCCCUCGGGGAAGGCGCUGUAAAUACUUUGCGAGCCAACAUUCUUUUUCGACUUGCCGGCGGAGUGGCUGUGUUCACACUAGUUAGACAAAUUACAAAUUCAAGACUGCUAAAUUAAAAAGGAGGAGAAACGAAACGGAGGAAGAGAGUGUUUUAUACUUUUUCCAGAAAUGCAUCAACUGUGUCCGUCUUUUACGUUCCUUUUUUUUUUCAAUACGAGUGUUGUGUUUUGAAGUGACGUGUCACGAUGGUGUGACGUUGGACUUGAGAGAUGGACUGGUGGACCGAAGGAUGAUGGAUGCCUUUGUCAUCGUACAAAAGUGCUGCGAGUGCCUGGAAGGUGUGUUGUUUGUGAAGAAGAGUGUGGAAACCUCCGAACAGUUUUUUUUUUCUUGUAAUAAAAUAUAAAGGGAAACUCU